AUGUCCUCAUUAAACCCUCAAGCUGCUCUAGCUACUCCUGUUAAACCAGCGACUGUGAACGUUCCCACACCCACUAAACCUGUUCAAGCACCCUUAACUCUAUUAGAAAGUUUCAUGUGUGGUGGUUUGGCAGGAUGCGGAGCAGUCACUAUAUCGAAUAUACCGGAAACGAUGAAGACUAGAUUGCAACUUCAAGGAGAAUUACAAAGACAUAAUCCAGGAGCACCAAGAGUGUAUAAUAAUGUAUUUGAUGUAUUUGUCAAAACUUGGAAGAAUGAAGGUAUAAAAGGUUUACAAAGGGGUUUAGUACCUGCUUAUGGAUAUCAAAUCCUGCUAAACGGAUCAAGACUGGGAUUUUAUGAACCGUUUAGAAGAAGUUUUAAUAGAGCUAUAGGACGAAAGCCAACUGAGGGAUUAGCCUCCACAGCCAUAGCAGCUGGAGCAGCUACUGGAUGUAUUGGAGCCGCUCUUGGAUCACCGUUGUUCCUUGUUAAAGCUCGUAUACAAGCUUAUUCACCUGCUUUACCCGUCGGUGCUCAACAUUAUUAUAAAGGAACUGCGGAUGCUUUGAAAUCUAUUCUGAAAACAGAUGGUGUAUUAGGUUUAUGGAGAGGCGUGAAUACUGCUAUCUUGAGAACUGCAAUGGGGUCAUCGGUACAAUUACCGUCAUAUACUCUAGGAAAACAUUACUUGACUAAAUGGGGUAUGAAGGAUGAUUCGUUCUACACCUUUUUUACAGCAAGUUGUUUAUCGGCGAUGUGUGUGUUAGUAAUGAUGCAACCGGCUGAUACAGCAUUAACAAGAAUGUAUAAUCAAAACACAAUCAAAGAUCCUAUAACGGGUAAAGUCAGAGGAGCAUUAUAUAAUUCACCGAUAGAUUGUCUGUGGAAAACGUUCAAAGCUGAAGGUAUAGCAGGAUGGUAUAAAGGUACAACAGCUCACUUCUUGAGAAUCACACCUCAUACUAUAUGUACUCUAGUGUUCAAUGAAUUGAUCAUGGCUGAAUAUAAGAAAUACAGGGGUUGA